AUAAGAAGUCAAGGUUGUAUCUUGUUGUACAACAAAACAUACUAAAGUGUUUUCUUCUUUUUAGUCCAAGUGGUAAGAAGUUCAGAAGCAAGCCUCAGUUGGCAAGAUACCUGGGAAACACUGUUGAUCUCAGCAGUUUUGACUUCAGAACGGGAAAGAUGAUGCCCAGUAAAUUGCAGAAGAACAAACAGAGACUAAGGAAUGAUUCUCUCAAUCAAAAUAAGGGCAAACCAGACCUAAACACAACUUUGCCCAUCAGGCAGACGGCCUCGAUUUUCAAGCAGCCGGUCACCAAAGUCACCAACCACCCUAGUAACAAAGUGAGGUCCGAUCCGCAGCGGGUAACGGAGCAGCCCCGGCAGCUUUUCUGGGAGAAGAGGCUACAAGGCCUCAGCGCGUCCGACGUCAGUGAACAAAUCAUAAAAUCCAUGGAGCUACCGAAAGGUCUUCAAGGAGUGGGCCCGGGUAACAACGACGAUACCCUGUUAUCGGCUGUCGCCAGUGCCCUGCACACCAGUUCUGCACCCAUCACGGGGCAGCUCUCUGCAGCCGUAGAAAAGAACCCAGCCGUGUGGCUCAACACAUCUCAACCCCUCUGCAAAGCUUUCAUAGUCACAGAUGAUGAUAUCAGGUGA